AUGUUUCAGUUGCUAAACUGAAAACGAAGCAAAAGCAGCGGAAAAUUAUUAGGCAGUAGAAAAAUUGUUUUAAUAUUUUUACGAAAAAAAAGACGCGGGGAUAAUUGAACAUUAAUACGGUCCUUAAAAAUUCGUGUCGAAUUUUUUAAAGCGAAAAUAAAAAAAAAAAAAGAAUUUCAGAACUUUUUAAAUACCCUUAAAUUGAGAUUCUUAAAGAGUGAAUAAGCAAAUUUUCGUAAAAAUAUGGAAGGUGAAAAAGCCGAAGCUUCUUCUACAACUCCAGGUGAAGAAAUUGUCACGAAAAGAUUACUUUGUGUACAAACAUGGAAGAAAUUACACCAAGAAAAAUGUUGCAUUGGAUACAACAGCAUAUUUAAUAGAAUCCCACAUUUUAUUGGAAGUGAGAAGGCUGCCAAUUUACUGGCUGAAACGGAAGAAUUUAAAAAAGCCAAUAACAUCAAAGUAAGUAUUGGCCGAUCUCAGGAUCCUGUUAAGAUUCACGUAUUAUCAGCUGGAAAAACUUUGUAUUUGCCUCCUCCUAAUGAGUCAAGUGCCUUAUGCACAAAAAUUAUAAAUUGCCCAAGUGACGCUGAUGAAGACACAAAAAAAAAAAUUAUAAAAACUUCAACUUUAAAAGAAAAUCGUCAAGAAAUUAAUCUUGAAGAUAAUCUUAAAUUGGAUAUGAUCGUUAUUGGAUCGGUGGUAGUGUCGCGUGAUGGAUACCGUCUUGGAAGGGGAAAUGGUUUUGUUGAUUUGGAUAUUGGGCUUUUAAUUCAUACAGGAGCGAUCACUCCCGAAACUUUAAUUGUUACAAUUGUUCACGACAAUCAGGUUGUGGACAGUUUGCCUACACAUCUUUUUAAAAAGCAUGAUACACCAGUUGACAUAAUUGCUACGCCAACUGAAAUUAUUCGUGUAUCGAAACGUUUAGCAAGACCAGUGGGUUUAACAUGGGAAAUAUUAUCCGAGCGUCGUCUGAAAAUUGUACCUGUUCUACAAAAGAUAAAAGAAAACGAAGAGAAAGCCGGGAAAAUAAUUACUUUGAAAUCUGAAGAUACUGAUGUGGAAACUAAUGCUCGCCAACAACGUCCAAGGCAGAGAGGUCGAUUUUACAGAUAUGGUGGGGGUAAUAGAAAGCGUUCUACCAAUAACACUAGUAACGAGGAAAACAAAGAAAACAAUAAUGAGAGACAACGCUUUCGUGGAAGAUAUCGUCAUUAUAACAGCAGAAGACGCCGUGCAACCACCAAAUCCGAAGGUGAGCAAUCGUCUGCUGACAACAAAGAAAAUACGAGUCAACAUCGCGGGGGUGGUGGAGCCGCUUAUAAUAGAGGAAAAAGACGACAACGACCAGGAAAUAGAGGUUUUAGUGUGAAAGUUUCAAAUAUUUCCCAAGGUACUCGUAUUCGAGAUCUGAAAGCUGAAUUAAGGAAGCGUGAAUGUAUUCCUGUCCAUAUUUCAUGGAAAGGAGCAUAUGGAAGAUGUGUUUUACACUUUCCAAAGCGUAAAGGUACCGAAAAAGAAGAAGAAAUUGAAAAGGUUUUAAAAUCAUUGAAUGAUUUAUCAUUGGAAGUACAAGCAGGUGAUAAAACCAAAACUGUUAAUUUGGCUGUUGAAUUGUUGAAAUAUGAUAAUGAAAAUAAAAAAGUUGAAAUUGAAGAAGUUAAUACUACAUCUGCAUAAUAGGACUUAGUUUAUUGUCCUAAAAUAAUGAAUGUUUAUAUAUGCAUAUAUAUAUUUAUAUGUGUAUAUGAAUAUGUAGGCAUACAUAUAUAUAUAUAUAUAUUACUUUUUUUUCUUGAUUGGGAUAUCUUAAUUUUAAUAAAACAAUUUUUUUAAAACAUGAAGGAAUAUUAUUAAUUUUUUCAAAAUAAUUAAAUAAAAGAAAAAAAAAAUGUAAAUGUAGGAUACAAAAAGAAAGGUUUUUGUUUAUA